AUGGCCAAAAAGAAGUCCAAGCAGACACAGACUCCCCCGCCGAAAGAGACGCCUUCCGGGGAGACGGGCAAGAAGGGCCCCAUAGAUGCUGCUACGCGCAAGGCCGGUCGGUCUGCCGUGGCGCAAUCGUCGAGCUGGACAGGCAAGCUUCCGGGAUCACUACUCCAUGAGCAUUGUCAGAAACAAAAGUGGCAGAAAGUCGAAUAUGACAUGAAGAAGACCAAAGAUGGAUUUAUUGGCAUUGCCAAGCUUGCGUGGAAAAAUCCAAAAACCCAGGAAACGAUAGAAGUCCGAAUGGUUCCAAGUCAAGUGAUCAAACCCCAAGAGACUGCUCUGGAAGCUCGACAUUACGCUGCCACCUAUGCUUUGCAUCGCAUCGCGUCCGAUAAAAAUAUCCACAUGGUGUUACCGACUAAUCACAAGCAGCUGUGGGCAGACUUGGAAGCCGAGAGGAAAAACCUCGUCAAGCAAGACCCAGAAAAAGCCAAACGCGAAUACUGCUCAGACCCCUUCAGCAUGAUUCUUGAGCAGCGCAAAAUGCAGGAGAAAAGACAAAAAGAUCAGGAAGCACGAAGACAAGCAGAUCUGAAAAAUAAGAAGCCAGUAAUCUCCAUUGGCGUCAGUAAACCGCAGCCGCAGGUUUCCAGAACGGAGAAAUAUGUUUCUGAUCAGAUGCGGUUUCCUAGAAAAGUAUGGGAUAAUACUGUUUUUAUUGAUCUAAGGCCAGAAAUAAGGGCCUUGGUCGAGGACUGUAUCCGGCACCACAUUGGAUGGUCGGAAGAGCAGAUUGAGGGUGAAAACUCCAAAGUUGAUGCCAAAGCGUUGGAAGCACUAGGGUUCAGGAAAUUGCACGUUGCAGAGUCUCUGAAGUAUACAAAUACGUUUACCGACGCUUUAGAGUGGCUCAUUUUCCAUAUUCCCGAAGACGAUCUUCCGCCUCUUUUUGUGAAGGACAGCAAGGACUCGAACGUUGAGCUAACUAUUAGCAAAGACUUUAAAAAGGAGAAUAUUGUCAAGAGACUCAGAGAGGGAGGGUUCAGUGUGAACCAAAUAGAGACGGCCAUUAGCGCCUGUGGAUACGACGAAAUCCUUUUAGGGGCAUAUCUGACGUCUACGCUUAUUGACUUUGAGACCGACGCUCAAGAACCGGACUCGGCUGAAAUCUGGCAGGAGGAACUCGACGGACUGGUAGCCAUUUACGGAGACGAAAAAGUAAAGCGAUUAAAGGAGAACAUGGCUGAAGUCUCCCUGCAUCCAGAGGGAAUUGACGAAGGUCUUCUCGCGCUAAAGGUUUACAAAAGCCCCAACUAUCCCCAAUCUUUCCCGGGCCUGCAUUUGGUGGUGAAAAACAGCUCCUACAAAUUAGCCAACUACAUCAAAAUAUCCAUCAUCACAAGACUCCUGUUUUACAUUGUGGAGAACAACGUUCUUGGCAUGCCGAUGAUCUUCAACUGCAUUGAGUGGUUGGAGCAGAACAUUCUUCAGAUCGUUGAAAAUCCGGGUCCCCUGGUGAAAGCUACCGUCAAAAGAGAACGCCGGCCGACCGAGAGCACUUCGUCGUUCAAGAACGUCAAGCGGCAGCGCCCAAAAAUCUCCAGAGACCUGAAUCGUCUCUCCAGCGACUACGCGGCCAGAAUCCAACUAUCCGAAUAUAAAGAGAUGGUUGGAAAGCGUGCCAAGCUGCCUGCGUGGCAGAAAAAAGAGCAGCUUGUUUCUGUCAUUAACAGCAACCGUAUCUGUCUCAUCACUGGAGAAACUGGUUCAGGAAAGUCCACACAGAUUGUGCAAUUUAUCUUGGACCAGCUCAAUAGCCAAAACGAUUUCUCCACCAACAUAAUUUGCACUCAGCCAAGGAGAAUUUCUACCAUUGGGCUGGCGGACAGAAUUUCGGACGAACGAGUCAGCACAUGUGGCAGCGAGGUCGGAUACAUAAUUAGGGGCGAAAACAAAACAUCCAAAGACACUCGAAUCACAUUUGUCACAACAGGAGUUCUGCUGAGGAUGAUCCAAGGAAUUGUCAGCAACAAAGACGCAAACAACACGCUUUUCGAGAACCUGGGCUACAUCUUUGUUGACGAGGUGCACGAGCGAUCUGUGGAUGGAGACUUCUUGCUGAUUAUCCUGAAAAAAAUCCUUAAAAUGUACCCAAAGCUCAAGGUGGUGCUGAUGUCUGCCACCAUUGACAUUUCCGUGUUUGACAAGUACUUUGAGUCCGGGGUUUCUCACGUCCACAUAGAGGGCAGGACGUUCCCUAUUCAGGAUUACUAUCUGAAUGAUAUUCUAGAAGAUUUGCAAUUUACAGUGACAAUGAGAAACGGAGACGAAAUCCAGCCAAAGGCCGACUCAAAAUAUUUCGAGCUGGGAAAUAUCAAUUACGACCUGAUUGCCGCGUUGGUGGAGAAAAUUGACGCCGACCUGCGCGCACAGUCAAACAACGGAUCCAUACUGAUCUUCUUGCCUGGAGUGAUGGAAAUCAGCAAGUGUCUGGCGAAAAUAAAUGGUCCUUUCUGGACACUGCCUCUGCACUCUGCGCUCAGCUCCAAGGACCAGAAACGGAUUUUCAGACCUCCUCCUCAAGGGAAGAGAAAGGUUGUUGCUUCCACAAAUGUUGCGGAGACGUCUAUCACGAUUCCUGACGCUGUGGUGGUGAUUGACACUGGAAGGGUGAAAAGCGUCCAUUUUGACUCGGCUUCUAACUCGACAAAACUGGUGGAGUCCUGGGCCUCGCAAGCAGAAUGUGGACAGAGACGAGGAAGGGCAGGACGUAUCCAAAACGGGUUCUGCUACAAGCUCUUCACCAAGGAAACAGAGACCAAGACAAUGCGCAAACACCCUAUUCCUGAGAUCAAGCGCACAAGACUGGAGAAUUUGUACCUGGUGGUCAAGUCCAUGGGCAUCAAAAACGUCCACGAUUUCCUGAAGUUGGGUCUGGACCCGCCAGACGUGGAAAAUGUCGAAAGCUCCAAACAGCUGCUGACAGAAAUGGGCGCGUUGCACAACGAUAACUUGACAAAACUGGGAUCGUAUUUGUCAACGCUGCCAACAGACCUAAAGUCUGGCAAGCUGCUUCUUUUUGGCGUUCUUUUCAAAUGUCUGGAUAGCUGUCUCACUCUAGCAGCCAUCGGAGUGACAGGAAACCCAUUCAUGGUGAGAAUGGAGAACCGCGAUGAGGUGAAAAGAGUCCAGAACAAAUUCGCCAAAGGCUACGGAGACUUCAUUGCUAUUCUGAACGCUUUCAAUGAGUACCAGAACUUGGAUCCCAGAAAUCAACGCCGCUGGCUGGAGGAGAAUUAUCUGUCCUAUUUGACCAUGAACGAAAUCCAGUCGACAAGAACGCAGUACAUUUCUGCCUUGCAAGAUCUUGGCUUCAUCCCCAUGGACUAUCUGAGAUCCAAAUCCUCGAUUAUUCUCAACAAAAACUCGGCUAAUUACCAGAUACUCAGCUCAUUGAUAUGCUCUUCGGCGUACCCCCAAAUCGCAAGAGUACAAUAUCCAGAUCCCAAAUACAUGGCAAGCGUUGCUGGAUCGAUUUCCCUAGACCCCGACGCAAAGAGUAUUAAGUUCUGGAUCAGGAACGAAAAAUACAUCAAAAAUCAUGACGACCAGCUUCCUGCUACCCGAGCUUUUCUCCACCCCUCAUCAACGCUGUUUAGCGUUAAAAACUCAGCUGGGUCAGGUGGAGAGCCGCUUGUGGAGGACGAGAACGGCAACGUCGUUUUCACACCUACAGAGUCCAAUAAUUUGACCUCUCAUUUCGUCACUUACGGAGCGUCGCACACCACAACCAAGCUUUACAUCAAAGACGUGACGCCCGUUUCUAUUCUAGCGGUCCUGCUAUUUGGUGGUUCGAUAUCGUACGAUCUUAGUACCGUCUCGUCCGGCAAACCAUCUCCAGGUGUUGUCAUGGGACAGUGGCUACCUAUAAGAACAUGGUGCAAAAACGCAGUCCUGAUCACGAAAAUGAGACAUCUGCUUGACGAGGCCCUCAAUGAGCGGUUCUCGCAACCACAUUAUGACCAGAUGAACGAGUUCAGCGACGAGGUGUUGAAAACAGUGGAAAAAAUCAUAGCAAUGGAACUGAAAUGA